AUGGAGGUAGCCAACCCUUUUGCAAGCUUGGACGAGAAUGAGAAAUUGUACGCACACCACCUGUCCCGCGCAGCUUGGUACGGAACGAGGAUCAUCGUCCAGCAGGUUUCCCCUGAGGCGAACGAUAUCUUUGAUUUGAUACUUGAAGUACAUCGAAGUUGCGAGGGUGACUGGUCUGGUAUGACCACAGAACUAGGUAUAGAGCAAACUGAAAUGCAACAGUUCCUAAGUUAUGCCGCAACAUUUCUCUCAAAUAUCGGUAACUUCUACGGAAGAGGCGACCAAAAGUCCGUGCCAAAUAUCAGUCGCGACAUUCUGGUUAAGCUAGCCUCAAAAUCAGAUACUAGGCUGUUAGACAAGAUUGGCGAUGCACUUUUCAGUGGGCCACCUUUCGGCCUGGGCUCCCCAUCUGUUUCAACGCAGAGUCGAUACUACCCUGAGGGAUCGUUUAGAAUUACGGAACAGCAGAUACAAGCUGUUUCGAAGGUCAUGGAGCUGAAUCGUGUAUGA